AUGGAAGCCCACUGUGAGGAAGAUCCCAAAGUGGUCGUAGCGAGAGGUGCUUGGUUGGCUCAGAAGUGGAUGUGGAUUUGUGAUGUGCAGGAGCCCGGGUCGAACCGGUGCGGGUCGCCGAUCCGGAACCCGAGGCGGUUCCGCGCUGAGUGCGGCGCAGGAGGCGUGCCAAUGCUGCGACGACCGACCAGGUGGCCGACGUCACUUCUUCUGUUUCGGCUGGACGAAGUGCUUGAAAGAUCCCUGGUUCAUCUUCGACGCCCUUCUGGUGGCAAUGCCCUGAAAUCUGAAGACUGCCCUGCUGGACUCUUGGGAGCGUCAC